AUUUGUCGCUCUGGCCAUCAGCCUGUGAAUUCAAAUCUGAAAGUUAAAUCACAGCCAAUUGUCACUGUGGCUGUUGCCAAGGCUUGAGAGCUGCACGCGGGGACUGUUUCGGGAAAUGACUCACCAGGAAAAAUAUUUUCUGCUCAUCUGAGGGUUUUGCCGCAGGGGAUUAAGCACAUGCACUUGAAACGCACAUUCAGGGUGUUGGUGUAAAGUCUGACCUUUCCCAGCGACGCAGUUUCCAGAGCCUGGUCUUCUGGCCCCGGGGCUAACUUCCUGGUCAGCGCUCCGUGCCAGCCUCCCACGCCAGCACCUGCCGCCUGGCUAUGUGCUGGAAAACAGAAGCGCUGUGGCGGGGCAGUGGUGUUCUCCGAAAACGCGUGCCCACUUGGAAGCUGUGAUGGAAUUCGGGUCUUUGAGGCUGGGGUUGGUGGGGAUCCUGAGAUGCCGUCCAGGGGAGUCGCCAAUCCCGGGACGGAGUGUCCUGAGAAGGGACGGAUGGGAAGACAGGCCCCCGGAGGCCCCUGUGAGGAUGGAGGUAGAGUUGGGGGUGAGGUGGCCACAAGCCAAGGAAGCCUGGAGCCCCCCCACGUGGGACCCGGCAGGAAGGGUCCUCCCCCAGAGCCCAGAGACAAGCGCUUCUCUGAUUGGCUGACGGCAACUUCUUCCGCCCCGCCUGCCUUGUGGAUCAGAAGCAUCUCCGGUGAUGCAGCCGGAACGGGACACUGCAGGGACAACCUCAAGGCAGGUUGGAUAAGACCCGGCCCCACAGACAGAGUGCGUCUCUCAAAAUUGCGUUGUCUCAUCUGGGGAGUUUCAUUGUCUGGCUGUGUCCGGCAGGCCCCGAAGGCGUCCGUGGGUGGAGCCACCUCACCUGCUGAGCCCCGUCGGAGGACGCGUCUCCAUCCAGUUUUGCUUGGUCUCCUCUUGAGCCUGGGGGCUCCCCACCCAGAUCAGCAGACGAUGCCAGGAAGCGAGGGCCACGCCCUGGAGACCAGCCCUCGGCUGAAGUGGUUCCUGGCCCCCUCCUCCCUGGCGGACCUGUCCGCUCCGUCACCCUGGACCCAGAUGCCCUUCAGACCCGCACUGCGUGUCAACACAUCUCCAGCCCUCAGGGGUCCCGCGGGGCCUCAGAGACCCUCCAGCCCCCGCCGAGCCGACACAGGCGAGGUGCUCAGGGAGCCUCUCCUGGGGGCAUGGGCACGCCCUGUGCUGUCGGGUGACGCCCGGGCCCCUGCCCGUAUCCUCCGCCUUUAAGAAAGAGACACGAAGGGCAAAAAGUGGGCCCGCUGCUCAGAGGCCGGGAACAGGCUUCAGGCCAGGCGGUGGGCUCUCUCCAUUCCGGCCCACCCCUGCCGGGCCCGGCCCCGCCCGUCACCCCACAGCAGACCUCACCCACCUGUCCCCUUUCGUGACCCUGCUGUCGAGUGAGAGGUGGUCUCUUCACUGUGCAUCUCUUCACGGCUUUGUCUCUCGCACAGAAAUGCUGCCCAGGGGCCGGGGAGCGGGACGUCCGCCCUGCUGCAACUGUCGCAGGUCACAGCGCGCCGGGCGCCAGGGGCCUGCACUCGUCCCGCGUGCGUUUUCACCAUUUGGAGCUGAAAACAUCACUGUUCCUGACGUGAGCUGCCGGCCACCGAUGGCAGCCCCUCUUCCCCGACGCUUUCACCCUCCUGAGAUGCUGGUGACCCUUGCUGUCCAGAGAGAAGGAGGCCCCUCCCACCGCUGCUGCGGGCGGCGCGACCUGGGUGUGCGACGUUCAUUUCUGGUGAGGAAUCCGGGGCCAGCGCGUCAGAACUGGCCUUCCUCUGCAGCUGCCGAGCCAGGGCCUGAUCCCGGCCGGUUCACCCAAGAUUUGAAAAAGAUUAGGGUUCUUGGCUGGUGUCUGGUCUUUGCAGGGAAAGCCCAGAAUACAGGGUUUCCACGAGGGGCGCCUGUCUGCGCAGACUCACCGCCCCCAGGAGAGGCAGCGAUGCCUCGGUCAGGGUCCUUAAGGGCCGUCUAAUGGGCAGGUCUCCGCCCCCCC